CAGUCAUCGUGUGUAUAGUCACAUGUACACGUAUACGUCACGCAAACAUCGAUGCAACGCGGCGAGACGUCGAUUUUCUGCUUUCUGCCCCCGCUUCGCAUAUUGUGUGUAUAGUUGUAUUAUCUGUCGCGCGACGAGUCGACCAAUUGUCUCUGUGCAAUAUAAGACGGAAGACGAGUCCCGCAAGUGCUUGUAAUCGACCAAGGAUCAGGCGGCAAAGCUCACUCGACGCGGCUCGGCCGGUUAAAUGCACAAAAGUUUACGCGCCUAUCGAUUAGGAAUGAGUCGGCGGCGCAUCGCCGCUCUCUGAUAUACUUUUUUUCAUCAUUUGCUUAGUAUUGCAUGCCGCGAAUGGUGGAACUGGUGUUUCAUAAAAGCGACGAAAAUUGCUGCGGCUCGCGCGACGACCUUUGGGCAAUUUAAAAAGUGAAAGUAUCAGUGUAGAUUGCACGACGGAUCGCAAACUGGUCACGAGCAUGGCAAAGGAGAAAAUUGCUCGGCACGUCGAGAGAGGGAAAAGCACCCCCUGCACAGCGAGGUUAUAACGCGCCGUGUACAAGUGCGCAUAUGCGGAGCUUGAAGGGCUCCGACACCGUCCGGCCGCCUCCGACAUCUGCUGCAGCAGUAGUGGUGGUGUGCGCACGACAACGCGCUCGCAACGUCGAUACGCGCGUAUAUAGUGUACAAACACGUGCAGCGGAUCCGUCAGAAUCCAAGAGCUUGACAACAAACGACUGUGUAUUAUGCUGAUCGGCCGCGCGAGAGUGAGAAAAAGAGCGUCGAGCGCUGGACGGAUUGCGAUGAGCGGUGUUGCGACUAUUAGGCAGUUGUGUCAGAUUAUACAGUAGCGGAGAGAGAGAGAUAGGGCAUCGGAACGUGCGUGGGUGCUGUGCGAACUCUCAACUCUCCGGUGCUGCUGCCUCGCAUACGCACACACACACACAUACACAUUAUAUAGAGGCAAGCGCGGCAGAUAGUCACACGGACACACGUGAGAGUAAACGAGUGUGUUGUAUAGUGGCGUAUAGUGCGAGCUGCCGACCGGAAGAGAAGUGAUAUACGUUGCGCGAGCGAUCGUGAUAUUACCCACAGUCACAUAGGCACACGCACACACAUAGUUUGCGAAUCCAUCUAUAUAUGGUGUGCAGCAUUGCUGAAUCUUCGGCUUUUACAAGUGAAAGCCGCGCGGAGAGCGAGAGAUGUUAUGUGUGCGCGGGGCUCGUCGUCGCGCGUAUAAUACGUGGCCUAUGCAAAAUUCCACGAGCCAAACGUAACGGGCUGCUAUUGCUGCUGCUGUUUUGUGUUUUGUCGUUGCUGUUGCUGCAUCGCACGUGAUACUGCACCGUAUCAAAAAGCUGCAGCCACCCAGCCGCGUGCGCGGAUCAUUGGAUACGGAUAACAAUAAAUAAAAAGCAGCAACGCAUCGUACCGACACCACUGCGGAAGUUGUUAUUAGAAGCCAUUGAACAUUAAAUUAAAAAAUAAAAGUGCGGCUGCAGGCGGAGAAACAGCUCAAUAAAAACGACCUUGCCGAAGUGUUUAAGGAUAAUACAGAGAGAAACAAAGGAAAAACGAAACAAGGAGAAAAAGAAAAAAGGAGCGAGACGACGUCGGGUAGAGCAGCAGUCGUUAGCUUUCCAAGCGUGUCCACGUGACAGUGCCCACUGAGAAAAAAAAUUAGAAUAAAGAUAAAACCGGAGCAACAAAAAGAAGAAGAAAAAAAAACUCGGCGUUGAAUCGGGUACACUCAGAAACGAUUAUAAAGUGGUUUAGUGUAAUACACGCACGCACACACAGCAUCGUUGUCGGCGGCGGCGUCGGAGUAGUGCGCGAAUUACAUAGUGGCCGCGCCGCGUAUAAACACACGCGCGCGCUAACUCGAACGCGCUUCUAAGUGCUGCUGCUGCUGCUACUUAAGUGGGUAGAGGGGCACAAGACACACACCGAGUAGUGCCCGAUCCCGCGAGUGUUGCCGCCGCUGCCACAGGUUUUUAAGGAAAAACACUAUAUAUACAGCACACCUAUAUAUUAUAAAACACCUUAUGUACAUUUUAAUCCGUGGCAGACACACACGAGCGGCUCGCGCGGCCUGCCACAUUAAAUGCAGAGAGGCAUAUAAUUCGCGCGAACUGGACGAACGAGUAUAAUACGCACAUUGGUUCGCGCGCGCCGCGAGAGCAUAUCGUACACGCUGCUGUCGUUGUAGUAGUACUGUAGUAGUAGUAGUAGUAGUUAGCGUGUACUUUUAUACAUUAUCGUGUGUUAUUAUGUAUUCGUGAACCGCGAGCGCGUGUAACUGCCCGAGUGUGCCGCCGAUCGGAUACAUAAAUUCGCCGGAUAUCUCUUUUCGCUCCUUUUUUUAUCUCGACAUUUUUCUUCGUCUCGGCUGAAAGUUCCAUUUGACUCCUUAUAAACAGUUACUGAGUCCUGCGUGCAAUCUCCGGUAGUGUUAAAGCUCGUACUAAUAUAGACUCGCAGAAGAAAAAGAAACGGCCGAAAGAUGCUGAAGGAUUACUCGCCGGUCACGCAGGCACUGCUCGGCACCCUGUUUACCUGGGGACUGACAGCUGCAGGCGCCGCUGUCGUCGUCGUUAUACGCGGUAAACAGAGAAAACUGCUGGACGUGAGCCUGGGCUUCGCGGCGGGCGUGAUGGUGGCGGCGAGCUACUGGUCCCUGCUGUCGCCGGCGAUCGAGAUGGCCAGCGAGUCGAAGCUGUACGGGGCCGAGGGCGAGUACGCCUUCGUGCCGGUGGCCAUCGGCUUCCUCAUCGGGGCGGCCUUCGUCUACGGGACGGACGCGCUCAUCACGUAUCUCGGCAUACAGUCGCCCAACGUGCUGCUCGCCAUGCAGUCAGUCGGUACGAUGAACAGCAACAAGCGAAAGCAAAAAGCAAAGCGCAGCGCUCCUAAUAAGAGCGCGGCUAAAACGAAAGGCGCGACGGCAAAGUCGGCGACAAAGUUGCCCGGCGACGACGUCGCCACGGUCGUCGCAUACAGAGCGACGCGCUCCAAGACUAAGCUAAAGAGUGAUAAAGAGGACAUUGCGGCAGAGGUUGUUGUUAAUGCUAAAGCCAGCGGGACAUUUAAGGCCGAGUCCGACAGAUACGAUGGUUUUUACGAGCAGAACGCUCGAAGAAGACAGCCGGCGAAUCCCAUCCGCAAUCAGGAGUCCGGCGAGGUGAUGGCCACGUACGAGGAUCCCGGCAGCGAGGCCAAAAACGACCAGUGGAAGAGAAUAUUGUUACUCGUUAUCGCUAUUACUGUACAUAAUAUCCCCGAGGGACUGGCCGUAGGAGUAGCUUUCGGCGCGGUGGGCAGCAGCGCGUCGGCUACCUUCGAAAACGCUAGGAAUCUAGCCGUGGGCAUCGGCAUCCAGAACUUCCCCGAGGGCUUGGCCGUGUCGCUGCCGCUGCAGGCCGCCGGCUUCAGCACGCUCAAGAGCUUCUGGUACGGCCAGCUGUCCGGGAUGGUCGAGCCGCUGGCCGGCGUGCUCGGGGCCGCCUGCGUCACGCUGGCUGCGCCCGUGCUGCCCUACGCGCUCGCCUUCGCCGCGGGGGCCAUGAUUUACGUCGUCAUCGAUGACAUCAUACCCGAGGCUCAUCAGAGCGGCAACGGCAAGUUGGCCAGUUGGGGAGCGAUUGCAGGUUUCCUCGUCAUGAUGUCGUUGGACGUCGGUCUGGGCUAAUUUUGCUGCGGAUUCCGUCCGAUCCGAGGCCUCUUCGUUUCUCAUGGCUGCAGCUGGUUUUCUACACUACGAUAUUACAAUGCAGCAUUCAAUCGUCCAUCGUCAAAAAAGGGCUGUGGUAAAUCAAAUGCCAAACUGCGCUGGCGUGCCGAGAAACACUUUUUUAAUCCAUUUUUUCGUUUUACUUUUAAAUUUUAAUGAAAAAGGCUUCGUGUGUUAAAAUGACAAAUCAUAGCGUGGACUUUGUGGUUAACACACCCUUGUCUCGCCAACGACGUUAGAUAAUAAGUAAUCUCAAUUUUAUGCCUUACUGUCGGAAUUCAAGAGAUUUUCAAAGCUCGUUCGAUGUAAUUGAAUUCCAUUUAAAAAUGGACAAGCGACGAUGGUCCAGCCAACAAUAAUAGUUAAAUUAAUCUCAACGCAAGAUGUCUAUUUUGAUACGCCUGUAAAUGCAACGAGAAAGCCAAAUUUUAUCCAACUUGACGCGGUAAUGUAAAAAGAAAGGUACUGUCAAUUUCUUUGAUCUUAGUGCAAUUUAUCGAAUGUUUUAUAUUGUUGAGUAAUUUUGUCUUAAGCUAAGGAGUAUUUAAGUCGGUUUAUAUUAAACCGCGAGAAAAAAGUUGAGUAAGUGGGGCUGCACGAUAGUUUAUUUUGUACUCAACAGUGAGUAAAAAAGAAAUAACGAAACAAUCACAUAGAUUAAUUGCUCAAAUUUUUAAUAUUAUUUUUCGAAUCGUCGGUGUGCCAACCGCAGGUGCUCCUAAUGUUUAACCAAUUGUCUAGAGAUAUUUAUGCAUUUCGUAAAAAAUGUGCUCGAGCUUAGCCCAUCACUCCGACUGCACAUCGAGGAAUUGUACUUUUGUAUAAUAUUCGUUAUACAGCGAUGUAUAGCGCGCAAAAUUUCACACACGUCAUUUUGAAUAAAGUAAGAAUUGAUUUUU